AUGUCUGUUCAACAUCCACUAUGCCAGAUUGAAUUGAACGAAGAUAUCGCCGAAUUCCUCAGAGAAGCUUUAGGAAAUAAAAGAGAGAUUCUUUUAACAAGGCUGUCCAAGCGCCAGAUUUCAAGAGUGGAAACACGGGGCGGUGUUAUAUUUGAUUUCGAUGACGAACUCAAAGAACAAAAAGAUAUUAUGGACUCAAAAAGAGAAACCAUAAUUAAAUUUAUUAAACGACACCCUUGGUUGGAUUUGGACCUUUCCGUUCCUUAUGUCUCAUUAUUAAAAACAUUCCACAUUUACAGAGAACUUUUACAAAAUGAAUGA